AUGUCUUCCUCUCUGUCUGCCUCCACCUACCUCUCUCACAUUGAGAACCGCCGCUCCCACUACCCCCUGACCAAGGACACCCCCCUCUCCGCCAAGGAGGUCGACACCAUUGUCCAGACCGCCCUCAAGGCCACCCCCUCGUCCUUCAACUCGCAGUCCAACCGCGUCGUCGUCCUCCACGGCGACCACCACACCAAGCUCUGGUCCAUCACCUCGGACAUCCUCAAGGCCAUCGUCCCCACCGACGCCUGGGAGUCCACCAAGGGCAAGAUGGACCUCUUCUCCGGCGCCGCCGGCACCGUCCUCUUCUUCGAGGACCAGGACGUCGUCAACGGCAUGCAGCAGAAGUUCGCCGCCUACGCCGACAAGUUCCCCAUCUGGGCCAACCAGUCCGACGCCAUGCUCCAGUUCUCCGUCUGGACCGCCCUCGAGGCCGAGGGCUUCGGCGCCAACCUCCAGCACUACAACCCCCUCAUCGACGAGAAGGUCGCCGCCGAGUGGAGCGUCCCCGCGAGCUGGAAGCUCAACGCCCAGCUCGUCUUUGGCGGCAAGACCGGCGAGGCCGGACCCAAGGACUUCAAGCCCCUCGAGGAGACCUUCAAGUCCUUCAACUAA